CAUACAACGCACAACCUUUUAUUCUCCGAAGGCGAGUGUCAUGCUGUCGGAGCCUCUGCUUGAACCUGAUGCAGAAUUCGUUGGAUCUGAGACAAACAUUUUGAAACAGCAGAAUCUAUGGAGGCAGAACCAUCAGUUUCCUCAGAUUCACUCGGGGGUCAGAUUUCCAAAUUUACAAAUAUGGUCACUGAAGCAUACAAAAAAAAGCCAAUCCCUUAUUGGAUACUUCUUGUUCUCAGCAUCAUAGCAAUGCUUGUGGCAUUUCCUGCGUCCAGCAUUCUGUCUCGUGUUUAUUAUGCUAAUGGUGGCCAGAGCAAGUGGAUCAUAUCUUGGGUGGCUGUUGCUGGAUGGCCUUUAACUGUCUUAAUGUUGUUUCCUUCAUACUUCAUUGGUAAAACCUUUCCUACCCCUCUGAACUUGAAACUCAGUGUAUCUUAUAUCAUUUUGGGUUUCCUAAGUGCUGCUGACAACCUCCUGUAUGCUUAUGCCUAUGCUUACCUCCCUGCAUCUACUGCCUCGCUUGUGGCAUCUUCAUCCCUUGUGUUUUCAGCACUUUUUGGAUACCUUCUUGUGAAGAACAAUGUAAAUGCUUCAAUAAUAAAUGCUAUUUUUGUCAUUACUGCUGGAUUGACCAUCAUUGCCUUGGAUUCAAAUUCAGACAGAUAUGAUAAUAUCAGUGACAAGGAAUACAUCAUGGGACUCGUAUGGGAUAUUUUGGGAUCUGCUCUUCAUGGGCUUAUUUUUGCUCUCUCUGAACUUGUUUUUGUGAAGUUACUGGGAAGAAGAUCCUUCAUUGUUGUUUUGGAACAGCAAGUCAUGGUCUCACUAUUUGCAUUUCUGUUUACCACUGUAGGGAUGAUUGUAAGUGGUGAUUUUCAAGGAAUGGCAUCUGAGGCUACCACUUUCAAAGGUGGUAGAGCUGCUUAUUAUCUUGUUCUCAUAUGGAGUGCAAUCACUUUUCAGUUGGGGGUGCUGGGGGGCACUGCUGUAAUUUUCUUGGCUUCUACUGUUCUAGCAGGUGUACUUAAUGCAGUAAGAACACCCAUAACAAGCAUUGCAGCUGUUAUCCUCCUACGUGACCCAAUGAGUGGUUUCAAGAUCCUCUCCCUGGUGAUUACCUUUUGGGGAUUUGGCUCAUAUAUUUAUGGCAGUUCUAUGGGUUAUAAAUCAUCAUAAGAAUGUGGCUCUAGACUCCCGUCCAUACAUAUCCUCUCUUCAAAAGUUCUAAGGUUAAAUUGUGAGGCAAUAAAUGUUAUAGGAAUGUAAUAUAAAUUAUUCAUGUAAAAUCAUUAACGCGACUUUUACCUAAUAGCUUCAGUAUUUGGGAUUAUGACAUGGUAUGAUCAAAAUGGUCUAGAGUUCAACUCUUGUCAUUCCCAUUGUUAUAAAAAGUUAAAUUUUAGCAAAAGAUAAGUGGAUUUGUAUA